CCCGCGCACAUUCACCAGCUGAGGGCUGCUAGUUGACUCACGUUAACCCAUGCUGCUCAGUCAUGAGUGCGCACGCCGACUCGAGCUAGAGGACCGUGAACGGGAGGAACCGAGUGUUUGGGUUCGGAUCAGAACCGGAAGUGUGUGUGGUUGGAGUGAGUGGGUCUUUAUCCGCCAGAAAGCGCGAGCAUGAGGAUCCUGAUCGGCCUCGCGUUUCUGCUCCUGCGCGCUCAACUCUCCGAGUCACAGCGAUUUGUGGCUGCGCGUCAGGCGUCGGAGUUCCUGCGGCGGCACCGGCGGGCGAACACACUCUUCGAGGAGAGCAAGAAGGGGAACCUGGAGCGCGAGUGUGUGGAGGAGCUGUGCAACAAAGAGGAGGCGCGCGAGAUCUUCGAGAACAAUCUGGAGACGGAAUAUUUCUACCCCAAGUACGUCGUGUGUCUGGGAUCUCAUCGCGUCGGGAUCAGUAACCCUCACUCGGGAAGGCCCAGCAUCCCCCAGGACCUGCGCACCUGUGUCCAAGAGAUCAGUAACCAGUGUCUGCCGCUGCCGUGUUAUAAGGAGGGUUACGAGCGCUGUGUGGACGGGCAGGGCAAAUACACGUGUGUGUGUAAACCGGGCUGGAGGGGUCAGAACUGUGACCAGGAUAUUAAUGAGUGUGAAGACCCAGAAUUCCCUGCGGGCUGCAGCCAAACGUGCCACAACCUCCCCGGGAGCUUCAGCUGCAGCUGUGAGAAGGGCUUCUACACACACGACAACAUCCACUGCAACGAUAUCAAUGAGUGUGUCCUGUUUCCCAGUGUGUGUGUGGAACCGUCUCAAUGCAUCAACGCUCCGGGGACGUUCGAGUGUCGCUGCCCGCUGGGAUACCGCUACAACACAACCGUGCGCGAGUGUGUCGACGUGGACGAGUGUGAGCAGGAGGUGUGUGAAGGCGAGUGUGUGAACAGCGCCGGGAGCUUCUCGUGUCACUGCGACGGGCGUAAGGGAGUGAAGCUGGCGCCGGACGGCCGUGUGUGUGAGGAGAUCCCGCAGUGUCUGGAUCUGUACGAUCACAAACACGAGGAGAUCCUGUAUCUGGGAGAGCAGUUCUCCGGCGUUCCCGUCAUUUACCUGCGCUUCCGUCUGCAGGCCGACGCCAGGUUUGCGGCCGAGUUUGACUUCCGCACGUUUGACCCCGAGGGCGUGAUCCUGUACGCCGAGUCUUCGCCGGACUCCUGGCUGAUGCUGGGUCUGCGGAGCGGCCGCAUCGAGGUCCAGUUCAAGAACCAGCACUCCGUCAAGAUGACCAGCGGAGGAAAGGCCAUCAACGACGGGCAGUGGCACGUGAUCUCGGUGGAGGAGCUGAUGGGAAGCGUGAGCGUGAAGAUCAGUAAAGAGGCCGUCAUGAGCAUCAACAGUCCCGAGCGUCUCUUCACACCCGUCAACGACAAGCUGGAGGCCAAGCUGUACAUCGCCGGCCUGCCCAACCGCAACGAGAGCCUCAUCAAACCGAUCAACCCGAGGCUGGACGCCUGCAUCCGCGGAUGGGAUCUGAUGAAUCAGGGAGCGUCGGGAGUGAAGGAGGUGAUCCAGGAGAAGGAGAGCAAGCACUGUUACGUGUUCGUGGAGAAGGGCUCGUUCUUCAGCGGCGGAGGCCUGGCGCUCUUCAACAUCGACUACAGCGGAGGCGAUCAGUGGAGGGUUGACGUCGUGAUGAGCGUCCGUCCCUCCAGCAGCACCGGGGUAUUAUUCGCCCUGGUUACCAACAACACUGUCCCUCUCUCCGUUGCCGUGGUUACACGAGGGCCCGAAGAUGCGGACCUGCAGGUGUUUGUGGACGGUGUGUGUGUGGCGACUCUACAGUCUCUGAUGCUCUGCUAUCCGGAUCGUCUACUGGUGGAGAUGAGAGUGUCAGCUGAUGUUCUCCUCCUCUCAGCGAACUCCUCCACCGUGACCUACAGUGACCCCGUGACCCUGAGCGAAGCACUAGCCAAGCUCAACCGCGCCAUGCAGCGACACGUCCACACUUACAUCGGAGGACUUCCAGAUCUCCCAGUGUCCAUCACUCCGAUCUCCGCGUUCUUCCACGGCUGUCUGGAGGUCAGUGUGAACGGGCGGCAGCUGGACUUCGACGAGGCUGUUAGUAAAGACAACAGCAUCAAGUCUCACUCCUGCCCCCCCGUUUCUGCCCCGGACACGCCCCAGUAGACAGGAAGUGACAUCACAGCCUCACACUGGAACACGUGACACGCCAUCCACCCAAUCACAGCCACAGUAGACAGGAAGUGACAUCACAGCCUCACGCAGGGACAUCAAACAUUCUGGCUUCAGCAUGACAUCAUGUCCUGUGUAUUUGAACACGUGUUUUAAUCGAUCCACUCAUUAGUGUGAACGAGCCUCUGUUUACACGCGCGACAGACAUUCGUCCUGAUGGUUGUAGUGUUAUUAUGAUGAUGAUGAUGAUUCCUGACGUGUCCGCUGUGUGUGUGUGUGUAAUCAGUAUAGAGCCGUCAGUUUGUGUAUCUUGUAUAUAACACUGAUUUUAACGCGAUGUGAAUAUGUUUAGCUGGAUAUUGAACACUAGUGCUGCAUUAAUCGUUGCAAUCAAAAUUUAAUAAAUAAAAAACUAAACAUGAAA